AUGUUUAAGAGUCGGGGGGAUAGUAAUAUUGUAUAUAAAUGUACAGUAAGACUACUAGAGGAUACUGAAAUAUUGGAAUGUGAAUUUCAUCCUAGCUAUAAGGGAAAGUUUUUGUUAGAACAUGUUUGCCAACAAUUAAAUUUGACUGAAACAGAUUAUUUUGGUCUACGAUAUGUAGAUUCUAAUGGACAGCGGCACUGGUUGCAUUUAGCUAAAUUAAUAUUGAAGCAAGUUAAAGAUGCAUCACCAAUACUCUUCAGUUUUCGAGUAAAAUUCUAUCCACCGAAUCCAUUGCUACUUAAGGAGGAUGUUACACGUUUUCAAAUUUAUUUGCAAUUGAAGAGAGAUUUGCUGCAUGGUCGACUUUACUGCACUUCAAAUGAGGCUGCUAUGCUUGGAGCACUUAUCAUACAGAUCGAGCUUGGAGAUUACGACCCUAGUAUUCAUGUUGGUAAUUAUGUCACUGAAAUGAGGUUGUUGUUGAGACAAACUGAUGCCAUUGAAGCAAGAAUACAGGAGUUACACCGGGAACCUGUAGAGGGCACACCUGGUGGGACGGGUGGCGUUAAAGGCAUGUCUACCCAAGAGGCGGAAAGGACUUUUCUCAAGAUCGCCUGUCAACUUGACACUUAUGGUGUAGAUCCGCAUCCUGUCAAGGACCACAGGGGCAACCAACUGUAUCUAGGUAUCAACCAUUGUGGAAUACUAACGUUUCAAGGCAGUCGCAAAACACAUCACUUCAAAUGGUCUGAAGUUCACAAAAUUAACUUUGAAGGCCGGAUGUUUAUUGUUCAUCUUAAUUAUCCUGAGAAAAAGCACACAGUAGGUUUUAAGUGCCCAAGCGGAGCCGCGUGCAGGCACGUGUGGUGCUGCGCUAUAGAACAAAUGCUCUUCUUUACCUUGCAAUCGUCAUCAGACGCCUGUGUCUACUCCGGCGGAGGACUGUUUUCUUGGGGUACAAAAUUCAAGUAUGUAGGGAGGACUGAGAGGGAGAUAUUGGAGAGAGACGGACUUCUUGCUCCCAGGGACUCACAGGACGAGGGUUCAAGUACCGGUGGUAAGCGGAAAGCAUCAAGUGUUCCGGCUACACCGUCUACACCUAUGACUGGAGAUUUUGGUUACAGUAGUCUCCCACGAUCAACCCACAGUGCUCCACUGGAAGAGAGCGCUGUCCCAGGACAACAGUUAGGAGAGGGGGAGGCGUGUACCGGUGGCUGUUUGCUGAGCGGCGCUGCGGUGGACAUCGCACUUUGUGAUCACUUCAGGACCAUUACUGAUGAUAAGCCAGCGUGUCAAGAAUACUCGCGAGAUCCAUUCGAACACUCCUCGACGGAGUCCGGUGCGACGACUCACGUGACGCACGUCUCACACGCUUCCCAGCCGCCGGACGACUGGAGACCUCCCGCCCUUCAACCCCCACCACGGCCCUUCAGCUUAUUGCGCGCGUUCGUGCCAUCCUUUUUGUUCGUAUGGUUGUCUCUCGCUCUAGCAAUGUUAUUCCUCUUCGAGACUGAUUGGCCGCUGUUUCGACCGUUGAAACGGAAACCGGAAAUCGUCUCGCUCAGACAUCACUACUACGCGCCAUUAAAAGAGUACUUGAAGAAAAAAGUGGUCGAGCUUUUUUGA